UAAUCAAUUGGCCGUCUAAUAGUUCCGAUCUCAACCCAAUAGAAAAUUUGUGGAGUAUAGUUAAGGGAAAGGUUGAAAAACGUUGGCCAAAAAAUUUAACUGAAUUAGAGUGGUUUAUGGUAGAAGAAUGGAAAAAAAUCUCAGAAAGUAUUUUAGAAAACUUGGUGGGAUCCAUGAAAGAACGAUGCAAAUUUAUAAUUGAAAAAAAUGAGGAACUUAACGACAAAAAUGAUAAAGAAGUUUAUCGACCAUUGGGAGGAGGAUUCCAAACUGAUAACAACUCGAGAAACUAUGAAAGAAUUAUUAUACAAAGAUUAGCAUACAAUACUGAAUAUAACACUUUAGAAAUUAGUGACUCUUCCGAGUUUAAUAUUGAAAUAAACAAUCAAAAUAUUAAUUCACUUCAAGAUUUUGAACAGGAAGUUCUGAAUAACUAUCUUGACCAAAUCAAAUUUGACACUGAAAGUAAUCACAACAGUGAACUUGAAUUCGAACCUAAAAUAAUGGCUAUAAUAAUUAAAUCCAAUAAAUUCUCUGGUUCUAGUAAAGAAGAUUUACAAGAAUA